CAGCAUUAUUUGAAGUUGUCAAGGCAAAAUGGAUGAUGAUACAGUUUUUUCUCAGGCCAGUGCUGGAGCUUCAGCAACAUACCCAGCCCAGUGUUCCUCAUUACGCAAAAAUGGUUUUGUUAUGUUGAAAAACCGACCAUGUAAAAUCAUGGAAAUGAGCACAUCUAAAACUGGAAAACAUGGUCAUGCCAAGGUUCAUCUUGUUGGUAUAGACAUCUUCACCAAUAAAAAAUAUGAAGAUUUGUGUCCUUCAACUCAUAAUAUUGAUGUUCCCAAUGUAUCUCGUUCAGAUUUUAUGCUUGUCGACAUUAGUGAUGAUGGUUUUGUGUCAAUUAUGAAUGACAAUGGAGAUACUCGUGAUGAUCUGAGGGUUCCUGAAGGAGAAUUGGGACAGAAAAUCAGGGAUGACUUUGAGAAAGAUUCGAGUGUUAUUGUAACAGUGCUAUCUGCUGUGGGAGAGGAAGCUAUUGUAGCCAGUAAGCUGGCCACCAAUUAAUUACUGAAAUGUAACACGAGAAAGAGAAGAGAGGAAGGUUUUUUUCAGUACAACAUCCAUUGGCUUUUGAAGUCACACUUAUUAUUAUUAUUAUUAAUUUCUUUGAAGAUUUCAUAAAGAUGGUGGUGAUCUUCUGUAUGGGAACAGUGCACCACUGUACUGGUCUAUUGGUAUAUUGUUGGAACUUAAAAAAACAGAAACAUAUCCUCUUGUACUGUACCAGACAUUUAUAGUAUUAAACACAUACUACUACAGAAAAAUGGAUGAUAUUUUUAUAAAAAUUGUUCACAAGAACACAGAAUUUCUAAUGACCUUACAAUAAACACCUACAGUUUUAUAGGUAACAAUCUGGUAUACUUUGGCUGAGAGUCUCAUUUAAAAAAAAAAAUCAAUACAGAUAUUUUGUGGUAACUCGUACCACGUACAUUUUAUACAAGCUAUACUGAAAUUAUUCUAGGGAUAAAAGCAUAAGGCAUUGUGUGUAAACACAAAAUUGAGUGGAUUUUAUGAUGUACUUGCAAAUAAAAUGUUUUCUACAUAAGAGUUUAA